CGUUAAAUACAAACAUCCGUAUCGCGUUCCUUUUAGAGGUUCAUCACCGAAGCCAAAACCCUCAUCUCCCUAAUUCCUACCUACACACAAACACAAAGCAAUUCCAUUAGCGAAAUGAGCGUUAGAUUGGAAUCCAUCAAAUUCAGAAACUCCUUUCCUAACAUCAAUAGACCUGCUUCAACAAUGCCGCUCUGCCACGCGCCGCCGACUACUCUAGGGUUUCAACCUCUGCUCCCCCCUAAAAUUAAUGUCAACUUGUCACUUCCCAGGCUGCUCGGCGUUAAUCUACGCCAAAUUACUCUGAGGAAUCGCACCGUUUUCUCCUUUGCUGCAUCCCAUGAGGAAUCGAAGCCUUCUGAUAUUGGUAUAGAGAAAGAAAAGGAGGAUCUGAAAGGGCAAGCUCAAGAAUCAGAGGAAGCAUGGCAGCAGGCUCUCUCAUCUUUCAAGGAGCAAGCUCUAAAAAUGCAGAGCAUGUCUAAGGAAGCUUAUGAGUUGUACUCUGAGAAGGCAUUCGUCGUUCUAAAAGAAACUUCUGAGAAGUUAAAGAUUCAAGCAGAAAAGGCGAGACAGGAUUUGGUUGAGAUUGCUAAAGAAACUGCUGAUGAAAGUAAAGAAUACUUGGCCGCAGCUGCUGAGAAUUCCCCUGAACCGGUGAAGGAUAUUGUAGAAACUUUUUCUACAUCAACGGAUGAGCUCAACGAUGUGUCUAAAGUCCGAGACUUUUAUGUUGGGAUACCUUAUGGUGCACUUCUUUCUGUUGGAGGCUUUCUUUCGUUUAUGUUUACUGGAAGCAUCCAUGCCAUCAGGUUUGGUAUUGUACUUGGUGGUACUCUUUUGGCCCUGAGUAUAACAAGUUUGAAAUCAUGGAAGAAGGGGGAGCCGUCGUCCUUGCUUGUGAAAGGACAAACAGUAAUUGCUACAAUCUUUUUUGUGAGGGAACUGCGCCUGUUGGCCAUGCGACCAUUUAUUUCCAACUUCAUUACAACACUUAUCAGUGGCGGAGUACUUGCAUUCUAUCUCUAUAGGAUCAUCAGGGACAGAGAGCAGACGGGAGGGUCCAGUCAGGAACUAGGGGCCGAAACUUAAUCCUUGUGGCGAUGUAAGUCGUGAUCACACGGACAAAGUACUUUGCAUCAAGUAAAGGACGACAGGUGGGAGGAAAGCCAUCGAUAUAUGAUGUGCCAAGAUUUGCGAUGCUUUGUAGUAAUAACCAUGGUUUGAAGUGAGUUGAAGGAAUAGAAUGAAGUUGUUUUCAGUAGGGGUAUCAGUUAAAGGAAUUCAGUGGAGGGAUAUUGUUAGUUUUGCUUUUAAUAUGCUAAAUAAAUCUGUAGAGAUAAUCAUAUCUGCAUAUUAGAAAUGAGUUAUUAUAUUGAAUCUUCCAAUAUA